AGGGGAGGGAUAGAGAAAAAAGAAAAAGAAAAAGAAAAAGAAACAUACAAAAGAAGUAGAGGAUUUGGCUAACCCUCGAAUCGAUUACAACGAAAAUUCCCUCUCUCUCUAUACAUAGUAGAUAUUACAGUCUACAUUGAAAUACACCAAUUCCAAUUUUGUUCAUUAUCUCAAAAGUUGAAUUCGAAAUUCCAGCAUCAAUUCAAGUUACUUUCGGACUGAAGAAAUUGAGGAUUUUUUCGACGAUUCCAAAAGAUUGAAGGUUUGUUUUGUACUAAUUUACUUUCUGUAGUGCUUGCAACCAAGAUAUUUGCGAGAGAAGGAUUUGAAGGUGGCAACAUGAGCAAUGAAGUUUUUGACGCAACUUUGUUAGCUGAGAAGCUGUCUAAACUAAACAACUCACAACAAAGUAUAGAGUCAUUGUCCCGUUGGUGUAUCUCCCACCGGAAGAAAGCAAGGCAGAUAGUUGAAACAUGGGAGCAAUUGUUCAACUCAUCUCAAAAAGAGCAAUGUGUUUCUUUUCUUUAUCUUGCAAAUGAUAUCUUGCAAAAUAGCCGACGAAAGGGUGGUGAAUAUGUGAACGAGUUCUGGAAAGUCCUUCCAGCUGCGCUCAAGCAUGUCUAUGAUAGUGGUGGUGACAGUGGAAAGAAAGCAGCAACGAGACUGGUUGACAUUUGGGAAGAAAGAAAGGUUUUUGGAUCUCGCAUCCAGGGUCUUAAAGAUGAACUGGUAGCCAAGCAGAUAAAAGGUCCUGCUCCACAAGUGGUCAGCAACGGAAAGAGCUCCAAUCCUAUCAAAAUUGUGAAGAAGGAUGCUCAGUCUUUGAGAAUUAAAUUAGCUGUGGGAGGAUUUCCUGAAAGAAUUGUGUCAGCAUUUCAUGGUCUGCACGAUGAAAGCUUAAAUGAAGAAUCUAUGCUGACCAAAUGCAAUGCAGCCGUCCUUUCUGUAGAAAGAAUUCUGAAGGAAGUAGAAAAUACAAUUAGUCGAGGAAUUCUACCAGGGACUGGAAUAGCAGAUCAGAUGCAGGAGCAGGAAGAUGUACUUCAGCAAUGUGUCCGACAACUUGAAGGAGCAGAAGCGAGCCACUUAACAUUGGUUUCUUUGCUAAAAGAAGCAGUUCAGGAUCAAGAAGCACAGCUGGAGACUUUACGAUGUCAAAUGCAGAUUGCUCGGAGUCGAAUUAAUGAAGUGGGAACUCUGAGGCUAAGGGUAUCAUCAUGUGAUCAUGGUGUAUCAGCAACAGCAGCUCAUGCAUUGACUGAACCACCAAUGAUGGGAGAGGUGAAUAACCCUGUUUUGCAGGCAACAAACAGUCUUCAGAUUCCUUUAAGUCAACCAAUUGGCAAUCAACAGAUUCCUGCUCAUCAAGUGUCUCAUACUCCAAGUCAACAUGCAACCUCUUUUGCUGCACUGACAGCAACUGAUGAAGAGAGUAAAAGGGCUGCAGCAGCUGCUGUUGCUGCUAAGCUUGCUGCCUCCACAUCCUCAGCGCAGAUGCUUACCUCAGUCCUUUCUUCCCUUGUGGCAGAAGAGGCUGCUUCCAUGAAUGAUAGUUUGAGAAAGGCAGGGCUUUCUGCUAGCAUACCAACUUUCCCCCCUGAAAAACGGCAGAAACUAGAACCGCCAUCAUCUGGAGCGGAUGUUUCAAACCUUGAUGCAGGGAGCUCACCCUAUUUUACCCCUCUCCAGCAACCAAUAUCUAGCAAUCAAUUGUCAGUGUCCAGCAUUCAGGCUUCAUUAGGUCCACCUCCCCCUCCACCACCUCCUCCACCUUCUUUGCUGCCUUCCAAUCCUAAUCAGUUUACUCAGUCCGCUGGUAUGAUGUUGAAUAUGAUGCCGUAUGGAUUUGGUGGUAACAACCUACCACCACCCCCUCCUUUACCAUCUCAUGUUGCCAUGGGCCUUGCACGACCAGUUGCCCCGCAAAGCCCGCAGCCACUUCAGCCUCCUCAGCAACUGGCUCAACAGCAGAAUGCAAGUGGAGGAUUCUACCGCCCCCCUGGUAUUGGUCUUUACGGGUCAACCAGUCAGCCUUCGACACCACCUGUGCAGCGGCAGUAAUCUAUGAUGGAACUUUUGAAGGAGGGGAAUUUAUUUGUAUCCCAUGCAACCAUCUGUACAUUAUUAGGUUCUUGUUCACUUCUAGGCUACACACCUUUUGCACCAUACUGUCUAUCAACUUUGAUGGAUGCUGUGUAGCAUCAAGGGGUUAUUUUGGUUGCAACACAACUUACAUUUGUAGUUUAGACAUGUAUCUGUAAUUGUCCUAGGUAAAAAUAACAGCUAAAUUUUACUAUAUUAUGGGCGAGGAUCAUUCUUUUUAA